GAACAGGCCUCGGAGAAGUGGGCACCACCUCGGGGGGAGUUUUGUGGAUGAAUGACGAACAGCCAUGUCUGCUGAAAAGGUGUUCCGGCCUGGUGGGAAACGAGCCGCCACUCACUGAUCAAGGAACAGUGUUGCGUCAAAUCGCCAACAUAGCCACAGGAAGUGGGCUAAAGCAGGCAAAGGACAUUUUCAAAAUAAUAGCAGGCACGUUUAUAUGUGACAUAGCACAUCACCGCUGAUUACAAAACUUUAUAUAAAGACUAGCAGGAACACAUUCCUGUUGAAGGCAACCUCUGUUUGCUCCCCGUGUCCUGGCUACAUAAAUAUUUGAGGAACCACUGAUUAUGGCGAUAACCUUAAUUUUAGUGCGUUGAAAAUUGUUUAUUGUGAAACAUCUGUAUCCGGAACUAGCUGCCUAUGUCAUGGCGAAGUCGACUCUUUUGGAAACGAGGGGGGAGGAAAGUCAUUAUUUAGGGGGAAGAAAGAAAGAAACAAAGUUGUCGACCGUGCAGAGCACACGGGGAGCGGUUUUAUUUAUCCGGAGAGGCUCGUUUAGUGCAGCGCCGCUCUUGCUGGGAACUAAUUGCAACGGCGCGCCGGGUUCUCCUGUUUCCUCCUCUGGCUCCAAACUUAUCCGCUACUAUCGCACCGAGUCCCGGACAGGAUUCCUCCUUUGGGGAAAACGGGAAUGAUAAAAGCGUUCGAGCGCGGACGGAAAGACGGACGGACGGACGGACGGACGGACAGGAGUCCAGCGGGUGCCGUGUGCUCCGUUCGCUGCUGCCUGAGCUGAAGUAAGUCGGGACAUUUGCACUUUUCUCCGAGCGCGUUUCAUCCCGGGAUGAAUGGCAGACAUCGGCUGAGUCGACGAUCUGUGCACAAGGGGACUUAUUUAGCCGUCUACACUGGAGCCGCAUGAAGCAGCGGUAGCCUGCGUCCUGCCGGACCUCUCCGCUUUGUGUCUGUUUUUACAAUAACCCCCCCUCGCCGGAGCACCGCCACCGAGCAAACUUCACUGAAGCACGUUUCAGUCGGAGGAGAUGCAGAUGUGGCUCCACAAAGGAGGCCCUCCACGACCAUAGGUCACGCCGCAGUGAUCCUAGACGUGCGUUUCUCCCACUUCCUGUCUGGAUUGACUUGAACUGUUAGUAAUUGUCUGAUAAUCCAAUGGAUCCCCGCUCACCACAGUCUACCUGUGCCUGUGGACUUUCCACAUGAAGGCAAACCAGAUGACUCAGAGGACUGAAGUCAUGUAACCACCCUGAAAUGUCUUAAAGGUCUUAUUUAUCAGUUUUCUAUUUAUUGGGUGAGUGUGUAUAUACAGGGUCCUUCAGUCCCAGCUUUUAAUUUGCUGUUUCUUUAGAAUUGCUAUAGUUGUAGUUGAAACUGUAGGUUGACUUGAACAUAUUUGUUCUGCUUUACAUCUGUAUUUGAGCAGAUUCAUCUGUAAUUUAUAGAGAGAGAAAUAAGACUUUGCCAAGAAAGGUAAUUUAAAAAAAAAAAAAAAACAAGCGUUCGCCAUGGACCGGCCAAUAAGCAAGUUAUUGGAGAAGCUGAAGCUAACGGACUCGGGCAGUGUGAAAUUCAACAGUUCCAAGAAAAAACACGACUCUGCCAACAACUCCAAUAACAGCAACGCCAACGCCGGCAUCUCUGGGGGCGGCGCCGUGCCACCGGCCCCCAGCGCUGCAGCCGCCUCGCCUUCCAGACCCAGCCAGUUCUCGCUCGCCUCUGCGACCACAGGCGACGCGUGUGUUCCGCUGGCUGGAAGAGGAGGCGGCGGCGCCGGAGGCGGCGGGGGCAUGGCGGUGCCCUCCUCUCAGCUCCUCGCGCCCCCGUCGACGCCGUCCGCUCUGGCUCCCGCACCUGGAGAGGGCGACGCGCAGCUUCCCCCCUCCAUCCUGGCACCGCUGAGGCGCCGCUCCCCUCAGCAGCGGGCUUCCUGCUACCUGGGCGAAGGGGUGGAUUCCCACCUGAGACGCGAGUCCGGCCUGGGCCCCGAGGCCGACCUCCCGGGGCCGUUUGGCUCCAAGGCGUCCCUCAACCAGCGCCGCUACUCCCUGGAGCUCCAGCAGCUGAGCCGACGGCAGCAGCUCCUGUCCCAGCCACCACCCCUCUCCGUAGCCCCACCGUACCCCGCUGCCGCGGGAUAUGGGUCCGCUCCCAGAGGAGGCGGAGGCGGCCUGGUGGAGCCGGGCUACCUCUCUGAGCCGGAGAGACACAAGCGCUUCUCCCUCCAGGAGGCUCUGUUCUACAAGCGCCUGAGCACGGGCAGUGAACUGUGGGAGAGCACCAGGCCCGCAUCCCUUUCCCAUCCACCGCAUCGCCCAUCAGAUGUGACCGUAGGUGGUGUAGGAGGGGGCUUCUUCUACCCCCCAGGACCCACUCUGAGCCCAUGCUCAUCCUUCAGCCUGCAGGAGUCAGUGCUGGUCAGCCCCAGGUCCAGCUUUGCCUCCAGCACUGCCAGUGGCGGUGGAGGAGGGAGCCCCAUGGGGAGCCGCUGCAGCAGCAACCGGACCAGCGGCAUCAGCCUAGGCUACGACUCUCGCUACUCUGCCUCCGGAGGCCUCCCGCCACAGCAGCAGCCCCACUCUGUGCAGACAGGGGCCUCUGCAGCCAUUUACAGGGCUGGCGUAGCACCCGGGGAGCCCUGGACUCAGUACUUCGAUGGAGGGAUGCGUCCAGGGACCUACGAUAGUCGGCACUCCUACCCGCCUGCUGUUGGAAGUCCAGCAGCAACGUGUUACCAAGGCGGCUCCGACUGGUGGGAUGAGCAACACGCAGGGGGGAGAGGCAAAGAGGGGGGUGUGAUGGGGGAGCGGGCCCGCUACUCAGACCUUCCCGGCACUCGGUACCAGGAGGAGCUCACCCGACUGCUUCUGAGAGAUGCGGUGCUGGGAGACGACGGGCUCCUGGAGGGGCUGAUGCUGAAGGAGCCGCCUCUGGCCCUUUCCAAGCCAAGCGCGACGAUACUGGCCCCCUCCUCAGCCGCAGCACCAGCCAACGCUCAGGAGGAACCAGGGCUCCGAGCCGGAAGAGAGGCGGUGGAGAACCGACAGGAGUUCUUUGGGGCGGUGUGCUGUAGCCUGUUUUUCUGUUCAGGUAUGCGUGCCCAGAGGGGACAUACAAUACUGUACUCCUCUCAGCCAUUAGGAAGAAACCAGAGGCAGCGGGCCAUAAAUACAGACGCCCUGAGCUCAGCCAACACCUGCACGUUCAGAGGAACCUGUGUGAAGUGUGGGAAAGGCGUGUACGGGGCGGACAACGCCUGCCAGGCCCUGGACAGCCUCUAUCACACCCGCUGCUUCACCUGCGUGUCCUGCGGACGCACCCUGAGAAACAAGGACUUCUACAAUGUCAACGGCUCUGUGUACUGUAAAGAGGAUUACAUGUUUUCAGGAUUCCAGGCCGCUGCGGAGAAGUGUAACGUGUGUGGCCACCUCAUCCUCGAACAGAUCCUGCAGGCCGUGGGGAACUCGUACCACCCCGGCUGCUUCCGCUGCGUGGUGUGCUCCAAGGCUCUGGACGGGGUCCCGUUCACAGUGGACCAACACAGCAACAUCUACUGCGUCACAGACUACAACAAGACCUUUGCCCCAAAGUGUGCUGCCUGUUUACAGCCCAUCCUACCCACUGAGGGCAGUGAAGAGAUCCUCAGGGUGGUGUCAAUGAACAAGGACUAUCACUUUGAGUGCUACCACUGCGAGGAGUGUGGUAAGCAGCUGUCUGAUAAGCCCGGGUCGCAGUGCUUCCCUCUGGACUCUCAUCUCCUCUGCCACUCGUGUCACAUGAGCAGAGUGUGCGCCACACACAACAUUCCCCCUCACAACACACACUGAGCUGCUCCACGCCGCUGAGGACGUGCAUGCUGUCACCGCUUCUGCUCACGUUAAUGUCACCAUGAAACUGCUGAUAUUAGAGGAGACGUCAGUGUCUUCUGUGUACAUGCCUGCUGUACUUGUAUUAUUACUGUACUAUAGUUAUAAGGGAGUGAAACUACUGCUUUUUUACCAUUUGGCUACUGUUUGCUGUAGAAGAAUAAGGGAUUUUUGCGUAACUAUUUUGUACAUAUUACCAUUAGCAAACAUUUUGCACUUAAAUUCGACUUUACUGUAAGAUUUGUGUGAAUCUGUACAAAUUAGGGGACAACAUUACUGUAAUUUCUGUAUGCUGUAAUAAAUAUUUUUGAUGCGUCUUUCA